UAUUUUUCCAUUUCUCAUCUUUACCCUACUUCAGUUUUUUAAUUCUAUAAUUAUUUAGGUGGCAAAUAACCAAAUGGAUUUCAAGGAUGAAAUAAUCAUAAAAGAGGAAGCUAUUGAAUUCGAAGAAGAGGAAAUAAAACUUUUAGAUUAUAAUGUUAGCGUAAAAAUUGAAAAUUGUGCUGCACCAGAUGAUAUCUGGUGUGCGAGAAACGACGCUCUAUUCGCGGAGAUUGAAAAAAAAUUAAACGAAGCUGAAAAGAACAAUCAAUGUCGAAUAUGUGGUCAAAGAUUCGUCGAAAGAUAUUCCUUAAUAAUACACAACAUGGAACAUUUACGUGUUAUAAUAAAUAAUAGAAUAUUCCAAUGUCAUAUAUGUUCUCAAUACUAUACAAAUCUUAAUAACCUCAAAAAACAUAUGACAUCACAUGAUAAAAACAAAAAACGAUUAAAAACAAAAAUGAAUCAUGAAUGUGAAAUAUGCGGAAUAAUUUUACCUUACAAAAGAUGGCACGAACAUGUCAAAUAUAAACAUAACAAAGAGAAAUACGAAUGUUCGAAAUGUUUAAUAAAAUUCAAAUCACCAAUAUAUCUACGUAGACAUAAAAAAUAUGUACACGACGGAGUUAAAGCUGAGUGGAGACAUCGAACCAGUAACAAUGUACUAAAUAAAGAACCUUGUAAUAUAUGUGAUAAGGUCUUCACUAAUCGGAAAAGCCUUACGACACAUAUAAGAAAUUGUCAUAGCGAACCACAUCAAUGUAUUAUAUGCAAAUCAAUACUUAAAAGCAAAUCAUAUUUAAUGACGCAUAUGAUAAGAGUCCAUGAUAACUCUGGUAAUGUACAUAAAUGUGAAAUAUGCGGAAAGAAAUUCAAAUCACUUAGAUAUGUUAAAAUACAUAUUAAAAACUCACAUAUGAACAGCAAGAAAGUUAUUAAGAAAGAACAGGACAGUUCAGAAGAGUUAUAGUCUGACGCUGACUCCACUCACUCCGGUUUACAAAGUAGCAGAUUCUUAGAACUACUGAACUACUAAUAUUAUAAAUGCGAAUGUUUAGAUGCAUGGAUGGAUGGUUUGUUUGAAGGUAUCUUCGGAACAA